GUUCCCCCUUCAGAAUUGGGCAGAGGACACACAGGCCUUUAGACCGCUUGCGCAGGAGCAUUGUGUGUGGCGAUGUAAACAAAUGGACCAGAUAUAGCGCGGUUGGUACGAAGAGGCGGGAUAAGCUGAAUUCUGGAAACAGCGCUUGAUUGUACUGGUCUUAAGCAUCAGAACGGUACCAGAAAGUGUACUGCAAGUGGCCCGUUUAUUGGCUGAGAGGAGCUUGCCGUCAUACAAGUUGAAGAUAAGCGCCACUGUUGCAGGUCUGACGAGAUGAUGAACUUCACCGGACAACUCAAGAAGAGGACCGUUAACAUUGGCGGCGGAUUUAAGCAGAGCAGAAGCUCUCUUCUUCAGCAGACGCAGAGAGAGCGUGAGAAGCGUGAGCGGGAACGAGGCAGGGAAAGGGCUGCUGGUGUUGUGAAGAGAGCCGUUGUCAGACGUUGCCGUCUCAUGGACACAAGGUACCAGCUUUGUAACCAGUGGGAUGAGAGGAGUAUCGAAGCGCUGGACAUCAACAGGGUGGUGUACUGGUUCACGAUAUUCUACAGCGAUACUUUCGGUCACAAUCCAAGGAGAAAGGACCAACUCGAGCUGUUGAUGUCCAAGCUGUCGUUGGGCUACACUGAACUAUCAGAAGUAAAUCAAAAACGAUUGCUCUCGACUUGCCGGGACGUGAUACCGAAUAUAGACAUUUCAUCCUCUGACGACCUGGAGGUAGCACAGGGUGUGCUAUACGUUGUGGACUUGAUCAUCCCAGUAGCGUGUCAUGAUGUCAUUCUGAUACCAACUCUGACAAAGUUUGCCUCAAGACUUGUUCCUACACCAGGCCUUUCAGUAUUGUCACAUGUGACGGAUCUUAUCAACAAGAUUUCAGCCGAUGAACCAAGUGAAUAUCUCAAGUUCCUGUUAAACGAUUUUGUUGGCGAUUUACACUCGUUUGGUAUCAACUUCAUCGCACUAUCAGAGCAACUCUCGAAACAGGAGGUGAAGCUCGAUACGGACCACAAGUUACAACUACUCAUCAACGUGAUUUUGAAAGCUGAUGACAGCUCAACUUGGUUCUUCACUGCAUUAUCAUGGAUUGUAUCAUCGUUUGACGUUUCCUUAGUCACAGCUUCAGAAUUAGACGACGAUUACGAAUCGGAUCAAGAGCAACAGGAGAUCAAGUAUAAGCAAAAGACUAUAGACAAUCAUAGUAAUGAAAUCAUCGAGACCUUAUACACCAGAGAUAUGGUUGUACUGGCAUCUGAGCGGCUACAGGAUACUAAUCAGCUAACUAGACUAUUAGGUUCAUUGGUUGUUUUGAAACCAAGAUUGAAGUCGUCACUAAUGAUCUAUUUGAUACCAACAGGGUUUGAACCAUUGCUGAAACAGGUAUUGGCACACCGAGUCUUUGAGGUCUUCACUGAUAUGGAUGAAAGCGCCCUCUUUUCAGUUUCCCAAGACUUCAUCAACGAAGUUUUUAAAGAUAACUUGGAUUUUUUACACCACGAUUUAUUUGUUUUCUUGGAGCUACUACAAUACAAAUUGAUCAUAUCAAAUGAUCGUGAGAUACUGCUACAUCACGAUUUUACAAGGGAGAAUUUCCUUGCAAUUGCGAUGUUUUUGAAGAAGUUUGUUUUCAAUCUGAUAUGGAAUCGUGCAAGUAUUAAAAGCGUUGUUUCUCCCUCAAAGAAAGCCGACAUGCUCUCUGAUCUGGUCAUGAAAGUACUGUCCCAGGUUUACCUCAAAGAUGCGAGGUUAAAGAUUAUGGCGAAGGAUGCUUGGCUAAUUGAUCCUUCAAGACUGAAAUUAGGAAAUAUCACAACUGUUAUAUCUCAAUACGAGGAGAAAAAGAACGAUUUCACAAACUAUUCUGAUGGAGAAGGCGAACAAUUCUUGGAAUCUUUGAACAAAGAUACACAGGCAAGGUUCGAAAUCUAUCAAAAAGUCCCGUUUUUCAUCUCUUUCGAUAGCCGUGUGGAGAUUUUCCAAGGUUUGGUUGAAAUGGAUAAGGCUAGAUUGGGAAUAGGUGAUAGUAAUCUAAACUUCUUUGCUGGCUUCAUUGAUAGAAGAUACACGGCCACUAUAAGAAGAGAACAUUUAUUGGAUGAUGCAUUCGAAAAUUUUGGGAAAUUGGGUGAACAAUUUAAAACAAAACUCGGCAUUGAAUUUGUCAAUCAGUAUGGUAGAGAAGAAGGUAUCGACGGUGGUGGUAUUACAAAGGAGUUUCUAACAAGUGUUGUACGGGAAGGCUUUCGAGAACCUCUGUUUGUGGAGAACGACCACCAUGAACUAUAUCCGAAUCCUCAGAUCGGGUUGAGAUAUCGUAACAGAAUCGACAGUUCCAAACAGUUGGAGCAUUUGAGUUAUUUGAACUUUAUGGGUAAAGUCCUGGGGAAAUGUCUCUAUGAUAGAGUCCUUGUUGAUGUUGCAUUUGCAAAUUUCUUCCUCACAAAGUUCAACAGUGGAUAUAAGACAUCCUUUGAUGAUUUGGAAAGUUUAGAUUCAGAGUUGUAUUCAAAUUUGACCAAAUUGUUAUCGUUAACCGAUGACGAGCUAUCAAAUUUAGGGUUGACAUUCAGCCUUGAUGAACUCGUUCAUGACAGGCACAUCACCUUUGACUUGAUACCAAAAGGAUCAACUAUUAGCGUCACCAGUGCCAACAGACUUAAGUUCAUACAUGAGGUUUCAAACUAUAAGCUGAACAAGACGGUAUCUCUACAGUGCAACUCAUUUCUAAAUGGUCUUUAUGAGAUGAUAUCCAAGGAAUGGCUUGCAAUGUUCAACCCAUAUGAGCUUCAGAUGUUGAUAUCAGGUGAGACAGAUGUUAACAUCGAAGAUCUGAAGGAGAACUGCGUCUACGGUGGAUAUUCUGAAAGCGACCAAACAAUCCAGGAUCUAUGGGAGAUUGUUGCAGAGAUGACAAGUGCAGACCGGUUCCAAUUUGUGAAGUUUGUCACUUCUGUUCCUAGAGCGCCCUUACUUGGCUUCAAGGCACUGGUUCCUAAUUUCGGUAUCAGAAAUACCGGAUCCGACAUUGAUAGGCUCCCAACAUCUUCAACAUGUGUCAAUCUUCUGAGACUCCCAAACUAUAGAAACAAGCAAGUUCUCAAGGAAAAACUGCUCUAUGCUAUCAACGCAGAAGCAGGGUUCGAUCUAGCGUGAGCCACAGGUAUUUCUCCACCUUAUCUGGUGUAUAUAAGCUUGCUUUACUGCUCAUGUGUGAAUUCCUUUGCUUAUCCUCCACCGUGCCUCUUUCAUUGUUUUAUACUGUUACUACUCAGAUGUAUAUAUGUGAUGUAUAUAUACUACUAGCUGAUACCCCCCCCC